GAGCGAGCAGCAUGAGACCAUUGGAUCAGCAGCUAGAGAAGAGAAAGGAGGAGAGGAGGAGAGAGAAUGUGUGGAGAAAGGCUUGCGCUUCAUCGCUUGUAUCCAGGGCCUUUAUGAAUAAACCAUGGGAUGUAUCGGCUCCCGAACCCUCACAGCAGAUGGAGUUCCCGUGCAGAAGGAUGGGGAACAGCAUGGCCGAACAGACUUUUCAUGGGAUGGAAUCAAUCUGUCCAUGGAGGACACAACCUCCAUCCUUCCUCGACUGAAGAAGCGGAACUCCGACGCCUAUGGAAUCGGUGCUCUGGCUAAGUCGUCUCUGACAGGUGUGUCAGGAGUGAGUCGGUCUAUGAAGGACAAGGUGACGAAGCCGACAGCGAUGGCUCAGGGGCGAGUGGCUCACAUGAUUGAGUGGCAGAACUGGGGGAUGCAGACGGUGGGCGCGGGGGGCAGGGUAGCAGGACGCACCUCCAGCCUGCACCUCCAACAGGAGCGCAAGCUGGAGAACGAUGCUUACAGCGACCUCAGCGAUGGAGAGAAAGAGGCCCGCUUUGCUGCAGGUGUGCUUCAGCAGUUUGCGAUUUCUGAAGCAACGCUGCUGGCCUGGAGCUCAAUGGAUGGAGAGAGCACAAGCGUCGGGUCUAACCAAGGGAGCGUAGCCCACCUAAGCGAGACUAACCAGGAGAGCAUCACCAGCCGAGACCAAAUGGUGCAUCAUUCCUCUGCCGAGGUGUGGCCCCACAGUUACAUCUCCCAGGGUAUGUACUGCCUUUCCUCCUCUGAUGCUUGGGAGCCAAUCAGCAAUGAGCAGUCGGGCGUGGCCUCUCCCGUCACAGGCUCAUACGUCAUGGCGGUGGGCAGCGAGGGCGGAUACGAUGCCAGUGCGGCGGCUCACUUCUUGUCCCAGCAGCAGCAACAGCAGCAGUAUCAGAGCCAGAUCCAGCACCUGCAGCAGAUCCAGCAAUACCAGCAGCAACAGAUGCUGCAGUAUCAACAGCAACAACAGCUUUUGGAGCAAAGACUAGAGAGUACCAGUCAUUCUUUACAAGCUACACCCAACAGCACCAUCCACAGUCUGCCUCCCAUUAUUCAUCCCCCAUUGGUGGAUCUGUGGGGGGCGGGGCAGACAGAGACCUAUCAGGCAGACAUGGUUGGCUACAUGGGGAUGCCGGUAGCAGACGGAUUUGUAACUAUUCCCCCUACAGAGGAGGUGACGACAGACCACUCACCUUUACUGGAAGCCCAGGAGGAUGAGAUCAAGGAGGAAGAUGUAACGUUAUAUAUGAAACCAGAACCAGUGACAUUAAUUCCAUUACCUGUAAUGCAGAAAGAGGAAGUGACCUCGACAGGAGGAAGCAGUCCGGGCCAAGCUCCCGGAGAACCAAUCACAGAGCGAAAGCCUUCUGAUGUCUCACCGUCUUUCAUUGAAGAGCUGGAAGAGAAGAAAGAGUCAGAAUCGUCACCGGCGGACGUGGCGGCAACCAACUAAAUGGCAGGAGUGACAUUUAGAUCAGCAUAAUGAAGCAGGAUCAGUUCUUUGCUGAGGAAUCAAACACUAUUGGAUGGAUUUUAAGGGACUGCUCGAACUCAAAAUGGAGACGCAGAAGAAAAGGUUACCGCACAGCUUACGUGAACACUGUUAUGUUUUGUAAGCCUUAUAUUCUGGAUGUUUGAAAGAGGAAGGCAGAGAACGGGAUUUGGGAAAUUCGUGAAAGGGAGAUGGAAAUAUUAGAAGAUCUGGAAGGAAUGGAGUGAUAGAGAUGGUAUAUGAAGAACAUUCAGUUAAAUGUGUGCAUGCUUUUACAAGGAGUGCUAAACUCAAAAUAAAGACAGUGAACUAUAGUAAUAAAACAACAUAAUGAUACAAAUACGGUUAUUUUCCAAUAAAACAACAAAAACAAAAUAUAUCGUUGUAAAAUAGCCAGUGAAACAAGCAUUUUCAACCCACACCCCUCAGACCUGCACAUAUUUUGUGUCUGCAACUUUCCAUAGAAAACACUUACCGGAAGAAACAAACGUGCCCAGUGUGAUUUGACUAUAUCGAUUCUCUCUCUCUUACUCUUCAGUGCUUCACCACACAUACACACACACUUCUCUAUCUGCAAUAGAGCACGUUCAGAUUUGGUGUUGUCCUCUAUAACUAAAUUAAAUCACGUUGCAGAUGAGGGCGAAAAAGCGACCCGGAAACUCUUCUAUAAAGUCAGUACAGGACAACAGUGACCUAAAAGCAGAGUAAAAUUAGCCGAUAACAACAUCUUGAAAAAACAGAAAAUUGCAGUUUUAUUACGCUGCUAUUAGACACACAGGUUACUGUGUAGUGUUUGUGGGAAGUCGGUCAAUUGAAACAAUCCACUGCAAAAUACGGUGUAUUUCAUAUAUACGGUAUUUAAUACCCCACAGACCUGUACAACGGAAUACACACACAGACAUGCACAUUUAAGAGUUUUGUUUGGUUGGUUGAUGUUUUGCCCCUCCCAACUAUAGGGAAACAAGCAUAUUGACACAGUCGCACAUAGCCCUGUACUGUCCAGGGGCCUCAUUUAUAGUGUUGCGUAGAAAUCGUCCUAAAUUUGAUUUUAAGAUCAUUUCUCAAAGUGCAUACGUGUGAUUCAAAGAACGAAGGUAUUCUAUCGGAUGUGAAGUCUAUAAAUAGCAAACGAUCGUGAAAUUAAGCGCAGCAUACAGUUUCAGAUCUACGCUUUUUAAUGAUGUCUAAUUAAUGUCAUUGAUACAGUAUAUGAAAGAGCACCUGUCACCAUCCAAAUCCUUUACGAGCGGCAAGAAUGACUUAUAUUUCCAAAAACCUGCAGCACUCGGACAAGCAAAAGUGCGUACGUCUGCUCAGAUGCUGACGUGGCGCUACGCACUUUUCCACGUCAAAGACCGUUUUUAUAAAUAUGAACGUUGCCGUGGACUUCUGCACACUUUACGAUCAAAUCUGUGCGUCCGCACCAUUUAUAAAUGAGGCCCCUGGAUUGGUUCAUAGUGUGCUUCUCUGUGUGUCCUUUGGCAUGCAUGUGGUUUGUAUGUGUACUCUGGUGUCCUAUACAACACUGUAUAGUUAUUUGCACUGGGCCUCAGUACUCUGAGCUGAGCCUCAGGCUGAUUCUGUGAACUGUGUGUGUUUAACGGUUUGAGUUGGUUGUGGUAAGGGGCCACAAUUGCACCAUUGGAAAAAAAACUUAUUGCACUUGCAACGGUUAGCUGGGUGAAGAACAGAUGUCUUUUGGAGAUGGAAAUCAUAAGAAGAAUAUGAGAGAAAAGCUACACUUCCCAUUGUUCUGUUCAACCAUAUUAGCCAAAUGUUCAUAAAUAUGGACAUCAUGUAUUUAUAAUAUUCUGGAAAAAUCAGGAAAUGUUAUUUUACAAGGCCAAAUCUUGGCAGAUUCAACUCAACUUGUGCAUUCAAGAAACACGUGAAUAAAUGUGUUUUCUGGGUUUGAACCCAUGACCUGUGCAUUGAAAACAACAUUUUUAGAAACACUUGAGCAAAUGAUCAAAUUACACAGAUUACUUAAAGAAACAGUUCGCCCAAAAUUAAAAUUCUGUCUUCAUUUACUCACCCUCAAGUUGUUCCAAAUCUGUAUACAUUUCUUUGUUCAGAUAAACACAGAAAGAUAUUUGGAAGAAUGCUUGUAACCAAACAGUUCUUGGCCACCAUUGACUACCAUAGUAGGAAAAAUUGCUUCAUAAAUGUCUUUGUUCUGUUAAACACAAAAGAAGAUAUUUCCAAGAAUGUAGGAAAGCAAACAGUUCUGCGGCACUUUUGACCACCAUUGUCAUUUUUCCUGCUAUGAUAGUCAAUGGUGACCAAGAACUGUUUGGUUACAAGCAUUCUACCAAAUAUCUUUCUCUGUGUUCAUCAGAACAAAGACAUUUAUACAGAUUUGGAACUCAAGGGUGAGUAAAUGAUGACAGAAUUUUCAUUUUUGGGUGAACUGUCUCUUUAGCGUCAUUACACGGCAAGCCUCAUGACAUGAAAUUGAUAAGAAAUAAGCAGUAAAGCAGUAUACCAUGCAAAAUUUUGUCUCAACCAAAUUCACUCCCAUUUGUCACAUCUGCAGGAAAACCUCUGGUUAUUUUUUAUUUUUAUAAAUAAAGCAUGUCACUGUUUUUCUUUAGAAAAAAAAUAUGUAUUCCAUUGCCUACAGUUCUUUUCGUUGUAUAAAGUGGAGAAUAAGAACCCACACCCUGUAAAUAUCCUUCAUCAAAGAAUCAAGAACAUUUGUCCCUACGCAAUGAGAACGGGAAUGAACUUUGAUCCGUGUGACUUGAAAGUGACCUCAUGAACAACUCAGGCCGUUUGGAAUUUCGAAACUGCACAGCGUCUUCCUGUUUGUCACGGUCGCUGAUUAUUACGGUUGCCGUGACGAUACAAACUCUGUGUUGACUGAGUGUUUGUGCGUGAACAGAUGUGAAACAUAUGCAUCCUGAAGCAGGAGCAGACGUCCGGUUCAGAAAAACGGAUGUACAGUGAUUACAUCAUUCUGCAUUAUGAUUGUCAUGCAUGAUUCACUACGGAUUUAAAAAAGACAACGGCGUCUACUAAACCGUUUUCGUGGAGGACGCAGUUCACCUUGACGAUUGUGUGCGGAAGAAAAACUCGAGGGCGAAAUGAAAUAGCGUUGAUAUGAAGUGUUGACUUGAAUGAAUUUAUUUAUUGACUAAUUAUUUAUGCAAUGUUGGGACAAUGUUUAUUUUUCUACAGAAUCGUGAGCACUCCCUCCUAGUAUAUAUGUUGGGGUACAUAUUAAUUUACUGCUGAGCUUCUGAUAAGGGUGGAUUGUGGAAAGUCUUUUUCUCAUGAAAAAAUGAUUUGAACAUUGCGUUCUGUAAUUACAAUGUUUUAUAUUACCAUACAUUAUCAUUACAUGUAGCAACUACUUCAUUAUUCAUAUGGAGGUCAAUGUCAUCACGUAAAGUUUAAAGAUGGCGUCCAUUUACUAAUCUUGGUUGCUCACAGUACAUAAUAUGUACCCAUUUAUUUAUUAAGAAUUAUAUAGCGGAGGCAUUUACCUUUGCAGCCUGUAUAAAACCUAUUUGUUAUAUCGCGAUAUAAAACCCUUUGGUUGUAAUGGUGUCACUCACGCACUCUCUCCGGUUUCGGUGAGUAUAUGUCAUGCCAACAGUCAUCCAUCCUCAGGGUUUUUAUUUUUUACUCAUAAAGCGAAAUGAUAGUCAAACAUAAAAGCUUUCCUUUCAUAGUAAGAGAUUUACAGUAUGUUAAUGAAUGAGCUGACAUGGUGUUCUCUAUAGAGGUUGUGGACUGAUGGUUGAGGUUCUUGACCUCUUAAGUUUGUCACGGCAAUCACAAAUACACGCCAAACUAGAGUUAACAAGAUCAUGAAUGUGUUUCCGAGCAAAAGCACUUAACCCAGAGAUGCUCGAACACUGCUGCUCUGGAUGAAAGCAUACUUCAAACAUUCUGAGGAACGGAUCGAUGUUUGUGCUGUAUUUUGGUCAACGUUUCCCUAAUGGCGCAUUUAGUAAAGCUACAAUUCUGAAAGGCAAAAUAAGAUGAUCAUUAAAAGACACAUUUUCUCACACGUGCAUCUGUUUGAAGUGGAAAGUGCAUUUUUAAAGUACCACUUUUCUUAUUUUUACACAGUGUGACUGUAAUCAUUUCAUUCUAUCAAUAUUCAUUAUGAAAUAUAUAAAGAUAUUCAGCCAUAAAAAUGCCUCAAAGAUUUCAACUGUCUUAUCAAACCUACAUGCCAAUAACAAGUUGCCAGGUCAUACUACUGCAACCAAAGGAGUGAUGUCAUUUCCUGUUUUAUUGCUUUUUAUGUAAGAUAAGAAAUAUAAGAAUGAAUAAAUAAUACGAAAAAGCCAAAUGUAUUUCUUUGGAUGUAGUGGCUUAUCAUUUGUGUUGACAGAUGAUUUUUUGUACGAUUCUACUGCCGUCUUUCACUACAAAACUGUCUGUUAGCAUGACACUGAAACGCUCCAUUGUUCUACCUCUCUCUCUUUCUGUGAACUAGUGUACUUGACUUUCUCUCUUCCUCUCUCAUCCCUUCCAAUGUAAUCUGUCUGUAACUCUAACCCAGUGUUGUCUCCUCUUGGUGGAAGAAUCGCAUUCAGAUAAAGUAAUACUUUGGAAAAGAAAAGCUGUCAAUUUGUUUAGAAUUACUUGUAAAGGGUUCAGACUGUUUUUACAUGUUACAAAUGUGAGCUAUAUCUAGUCAAGAAAUGACUGACUGAGUUUAUCGAGAUGUGAAAUAAGAAAGGCUCUGUGAUACGUACUGUAUAUCUAUGCAUGCUUUACUGAAGGUUACAAUGGUUCUUCCAAUCCGUUCUUCCUCUUACUCCAUUUAAUUCUCUCUCUCUCUAUCACUUUCUCUCGUUUUUAUCAAUUUUCUUUUUCCUGCACGCAGAAAACACCUUCCUGAUCCUCAAGAAUAUUGAUAUUCCUCAUUUUCCCAACCAAUUAUGAAGAAUAACGAAAUAAAUGAGACAAACAAAGCAUAACUGCGCACUUUGUGUAUUCUUAAAGGUGCUGUGUGUCAUUGCUUGGAGGAUCUAUUGACAGAAAUGUCUAUAGGUGUAU